CUGUAAACAACUGUUGCAAGUCACACAAGCGGUGUCCCUCAUUUCCAGUCUUCUGCGAAAACAUGUCUGGCCACGAGGGGGAAAUAUCACCUUAUCUGGUCACAGAAAAAAACCUGCCACAACAAAUUCUGCCUUAUCCAUGCAAGCAUGGAGAAGUGAGCAUUAAGAAGAAGAAGAAGAAGAAGAAGAAGAAGAUGAUGAUGAUGAUGAUGAUGACGAUGCUAUAUACAAGAAAAGAGGAUGAUUAUCAUGAAAACCAUAUAAUCACAGCAAGAAGAAUUAAAGAGGAUGAGACUCUCAAAAUGUUGAUACCUUAUGAUGCUGAAUUAGAGUGUAAACAAUAUGUUGUGGUCUAUGAUAGCAACACCAGCUCACUCAGUGAGAAAGGUCCUUUCUUGGAUUUUGCUUUGUUGUUAUGGAAAACAGGGAGCAAAUAUAAAGUGAAAAUCCUUAAAGGUGGAUAUGAAGACUUCUCAGCUCACUAUCCCUUCUUGCGUUCAAAGAAGAUUAUGUUCACUCAGAGGGAACUUGAUACUUUGCAACUUUAUCCCUAUGAAAUCAUUCCUAAAAAACUGUAUUUGAGUAAGAACUCUUUGGCCAGCCAACCUUAUGUCAUCAAAGAUUUGAAACUCACAGCCUUCCUCAACUGUACAGAAGAUGUUCUGCCAAUGCCGCAAAUCCAACAUGUCUACCAUGUUCCAGAAACUGACAGUGACACAACAAACCUGUAUAAAUAUUUUCAAGAGUGUUGUGAGUUCAUAGAUGUAAAUGAAACCAUCCUUGCUUUUUCUGUUUUGGGAAUUAGUCGCAGCACAACAAUUUUGGUGGCAUACAUCAUGUACAGUAGAAAGGUGUCCCUUGGGGAAGCAUAUAAUUUUAUUCAGAAAUGCUGUUAUUUUAUCCGACCAAACCGAAAUUUUAUCCACCAGUUGUCCGCAUGGGAAGGUCACCUUUUCAAUGGAACAGUGAAAACAAAUAUAGAAGACCCUUAUUUCUAAAGCCAGACAAACCCUGAAUUUUCUUACUCAAUAAACAAACAGAAUUUGUACUCUGACAUUUUGCUGAAAGAACAAAUUCUUUAACUCUUUUA